AAUUUAUAAAUUAUAAAUUACGGAAAUUACACGUUGACAAAUGCUGCUACUGUCACAACGGCUCAUUUCUCAAAUACUUUCAAAAUUCUUUGGGUCAGAACGUAGAUAUGUAAUAGUAUAGGGGCACAAAUUGCAAUAGUGUUAAAAUUUGUUCUUCCAUUAUUUUGUUUUCAAACUUUUCUUCUUCCCUCUCCUCUUCUCUUCUCCGUUCUCUCUCUUCUUUCUCUCUCUACACACACUCUUCACUGAAAUGAACAAAGCCAUAAAGAAGCUUUGAAUAUUUUCUCUCUCUCUACAGUAAUUUCCCAAAUUUCUCCCUGAUUUCAGUCCGGCGAUGCAGGACUUCAUAGGGUCUGUUCGCCGAUCCCUAGUUUUCAAACCGUCCGGCGAAGAUUCGCCCAGAUUUGGGGGAUUUGUGGAAAAGGUCGGUUCGAGCAUCCGAAAAUCGCGAAUAGGGCUCUUCGCUAAGCCUCCGAUUCGUGCGCUGCCACCAAUUGCGACGCCUCCGCGAAAUACUGGAAGGGGAAUCCCGCCGGCGGAGGAGGAUCUACUGCCGCCGAUGGAAGAAGCCAUGGGUGAUGAGCUGCCAGUAAUUAGGGAUAGAAAUGAAGUGGCGCCGACACCAAAGGUUCUGAAAGUGGAGGAAUCGAAGAAGAAGGAAGUCGCCUUGUCGCCUCCGAUCCGGUGGAGGAAGGGGGAAUUGAUUGGUUGCGGCGCGUUCGGGAGGGUUCACAUGGGGAUGAACCUAGAUUCGGGGGAGUUGCUUGCUGUGAAAGAGGUUGCAAUUACAUCGAAUAAUGCUUCAAAGAAAACACAAGAAUACAUAUGGGAGCUUGAAAAAGAAGUGAAUCUAUUGAAAAAUCUCUCACAUCCAAACAUUGUGAGAUACCUAGGAACUGCUCGGGAGGAGGAUUCACUGAACAUUUUAUUGGAAUUUGUGCCAGGUGGAUCUAUUUCAUCACUCUUGGGGAAAUUUGGGUCUUUCCCAGAAUCUGUUAUUCGAAUGUACACGAAGCAAUUGCUGUUAGGACUAGAAUACCUGCACAAGAAUAAAAUUAUGCACAGGGACAUCAAGGGAGCAAAUAUUCUUGUAGACAACAAGGGUUGUAUUAAACUUGCUGACUUUGGAGCAUCCAAGAAAGUUGAAGCAUUGGCGACGAUAACUGGUGCCAAAUCAAUGAAGGGUACUCCAUAUUGGAUGGCUCCUGAAGUUAUUGUUCAGAGUGGUCACAGCUACUCGGCGGAUAUAUGGAGUGUUGGAUGCACAGUUAUUGAAAUGGCGACAGGAAAAGCUCCUUGGAGCCAGCAAUAUCAGGAGGUUGCUGCUCUCUUUUAUGUAGGAACAACCAAGUCUCAUCCACCAAUACCAGAUCAUCUUUCUGCUGAGGCAAAGGACUUUCUAUUAAAAUGUUUACAAAAGGAGGCAGACCUGAGAUCUACUGCAUCAGAGUUGUUAAAGCAUCCAUUUGUAACUGGAGAAAAUCGGGAAUCACAUCUUGUUCGUCGCUCUUCACUUAUGCAGAGUUCCGGAAAACAUAUGGAUAGACUUGGGAUUGAAAUUAAGAAGUCGAUGAACUUAGAUGCAAGGAAUUCCUGCAAUGGUCUGAAGGACGUUGGUCAGUUGGGUGGUGCCAGUUGCUCGACCUUUCAUCCAGAGCCGUUAUCAGCACAAGGAUCUCUAUGGGAACCUGUCAACUUCGAUGAUGAUAUGUGUCGAAUCGAUGACAGCGUUGAUCUUGUACUUGGUGCACCAACCAAAUUCACACCUACCCUACUUUCUAGUGAUUGUAAUCAGAGUUUUAAUCCUAUGUGUGAGCCGAAUGAGGAUUGGCCAUGCAAGUUUGAUGAAAGUCCCGAGUUGACUAAAAGUAGAAUGGAGUCUCGUCCCAGUCAACUCGUUGAGCCAGGAAACAGAACUUUAGGUUCUGUUGAGGUGAGUUGUGGCUUCUCAUUUCCAAGAGGAGAUUCGGUACAGGAUGAUGACGACGAAGUAACUGAAUCGAAGAUUAGAGCGUUCCUGGUUGAAAAGGCUUUGGACCUGAAGAAGCUGCAAACACCUCUUUAUGAGUUCUACAAUUCUUUGAAUGUUGCUGCUCCUCCGAGUCCUGUUGGUGUUGGCAACAAGGAAAAUGUUUCAAGUAAUUGCAACUUACCUCCCAAAAGUAGGUCACCAAAUAAGGUGUACAGUCGAAGAUUUUCUACCGCCAUUGAUGUUGAAUACAGCUCAAGUCCUGGGAGUUGUUCCCGACGCGCAUCAAAUAUUAGUGAUGUAAAUUUCCGAGCUUCGCAAGAUGUUAAAAAUCUGCCUCCCGAUUAUCAACAGGAGCCACUUACUCCAAGCUCUAGGUUCUCUGAGAUACAAAGGAAAUGGAAGGAAGAACUCGAUGAAGAGCUUGAAAGAACGAGAGAGAUAAUGCGUCAAGCAGGUACAUCGAAAACAUCAUCUCCGAAAGAUCGACUUUUGAAUCGACAAAGAGAUCGAUAUAGGUUUGCAUCUCCCGGGAAAUAAAUUUAAUGAGACGAUCGAUCACUUGGGAAGGUUAUCUUCCAGAAGAUUGGAAUUCCCAUUGGCAAUUUAUUUGCCUCUGAGUAGAAGUAUGAAGAGCUUGUGCUACAUAAUUAUAGCGGCCAUUUGUAUUCAGUCAAUGUGGUUCGACCCGAAUUAUAUUUUUUUAUUAUAUAAUUAUAUAUAAAGAAGGAAAAAAAAACAUGUCCUAUUAAGUUGUGAUCUCUCCUUUUGAGUGUAUAUUUGGUUUCAGAAAAAAAAAUACAAAUGAAGAUUUGAGGGUUUUAUUGCACGUGUAAUAUUUACGUCGUUUUUCGACGGAAUGAAUGCAAUGUAUACUUUUUUUAAAACCCUGUUCACUAUAUAUAUAUGAUUUGAGUUUGGCUUUAA